AUGAACCCCCCGCGGCCCCCCAACGCAUGGAUCCUCUACCGCUCCGACAAGCUCAAGCAGAUGAUGCAGUCGCAGCUGCAGCACGGCCACCCCAAGAAGCCGCAGUCGAGCGUCUCGAAGGAGGUCGCGGCGAUGUGGAAGGCAGAGGACCCCGGGGUGCGCGGCGAGUACGAGCGGCUGGCGGACGUCAAGAAGGCGGAGCACGCAGAGCAGUACCCCGGAUACAAGUUCCAGCCG